CAGCGGCCGCCGAGGUCACUUCCUGCUGGGGUGGAUGAGGAGGAGCCGGAGACGCCGCGGAGGAGACCGGAGCGAAGACGGGCCGCGCCGGGGAGAGCAGGAGGGUGAAAAUGAAAGCAGGCUGUAGCAUCGUGGAAAAGCCAGAAGGAGGUGGAGGGUAUCAGUUUCCCGACUGGGCCUACAAAACAGAGUCGUCCCCAGGCUCCCGGCAGAUCCAGCUGUGGCACUUCAUCCUGGAGCUGCUGCAGAAGGAAGAGUUCCGCCACGUCAUCGCCUGGCAGCAGGGGGAGUACGGCGAGUUUGUCAUCAAGGACCCGGACGAGGUGGCCCGCCUCUGGGGCCGCAGGAAGUGCAAACCACAGAUGAAUUACGACAAGCUGAGCCGGGCCCUCAGAUACUAUUAUAACAAGAGGAUCCUUCAUAAAACAAAAGGGAAAAGAUUUACUUAUAAAUUUAACUUCAACAAGCUGGUGAUGCCUAACUACCCAUUCAUCAACAUCCGGUCAAGUGGUGUGGUCCCCCAGAGUGCGCCACCAGUGCCGACGGCCUCUUCCCGGUUCCAUUUCCCCCCCCUGGACACCCAUUCUCCGACGGGCGACGUGCAGCCCGGGCGGUUCUCCACCGGCUCCCUCGCCGCUUCUGGCCAGGAGUCCGGUAACGGCGCCGAGAGAAAGGCGGAGCUGCCGGAGCUGGACGACGGCUCGGCCGCCGACUGGCGCCGGGGCGUGGACCUCCUGUCCUCACGGAGUGCCGUCGGUGCGGGAGGAAUCGGCCAUCAGAAACGCAAGCCGGACAUCAUGCUUCCUCUGUUCACCAGGCCCGGGAUGUACCCUGACCCCCACAGCCCCUUCGCCGUCUCUCCGCUCCCUGGCCGUGGAGGCGUUCUCAACGUCCCCAUCUCCCCAGCCCUGUCCCUGACGCCCACCAUCUUCUCCUACAGCCCGUCCCCGGGCCUGAGCCCCUUCGCCGGCAGCGGCUGCUUCUCCUUCAACCCUGAGGAAAUGAAACACUACCUUCAUUCUCAAGCCUGCUCCGUGUUCAACUACCACCUGAGUCCGCGGACAUUCCCCCGUUACCCGGGCCUCGUGGUCCCGCCUCUGCAGUGCCAGAUGCAUCCUGAGGAGUCGGCCCAGUUUUCCAUCAAGCUGCAGCCCCCGCCAGCUGGGCGGAAGAACCGGGAGAGGGUGGAGAGCAGCGAGGAGUCCGCCCCCGUCACUGCUCCCCCCGUGGCUCCCGUCCCCCCGAGAAUUAAGGUGGAGCCGGCCUCCGACAAGGAUCCGGAGAGCCUCGGGCAGUUGGCGCGGGAGGAGGAGCGCUCCCAGGAAGAGGGCCCUGUGCCGGGCAGGACCACGGAGGAGGAGAAGGGCACCCUCUUUGCCCGCCCGGCUGUGCCGGUCUGGCCCUCCGCACCCGUCGGCACCCCGAGCGAAGAGCCCCUAGAGGUGGCUGAAGACAGUGAGGACAGGCCUGGCAGAGAGCCCAACGCGCCUGAGAAGAAAGAAGACGCCCUGAUGCCCCCCAAGCUCCGGUUGAAGCGGCGUUGGAACGAUGGCCCUGGAGCCCGCCAGCCCAGUAAGAACGGCGCGGCCCUCUGGAGGGGGCCGGGACCCCGGGGCUUGGCCGCGGCCGCCGACGCCUAGAACUGGCGGGGGGUCGGGGACCGUUUGUACUCUAGUCACACGCGUCCGUGUAUUUAUGUAGCGAGAUGGGGGGUGGGGGGUGGGGGGAGGGAGUUAGACUGGUUUGAUCAUUCUAGGGGCAUAGACUUGUAUUUUUAUGUUUGGGGGACGGGAUGGGCAUCUUCUGUUGUAAAUUAGGUGGGGUAUGAACACUUUCCCUGGUGAGUAGCACGCGGGGAGGUCGAUGAACUGAGAGGAGGAGGGGCCUCCGCUUCUUGGGGAGGCUCACACUUCCCGACAAACUCUCUCGGGGGCCUCGCUACGCCUGGCCCCGUCUAGUUCAGGUUCCAGACUUCUUUUCUAUUGUAUUUAUAUAUGGAAAGCCAUUAAUGAAUUUCUUUUGCUCUGAGAGAUACACGUAAAAGGGAAUAGGGCGUGAUCAGGAGGGUGAGUGGGGAGAGCCCAUUCAUACUAUGGGUGUCGCCUGAGAUGUUUCUGUAUAAUUAUUUCAGGGGAGGAAUGAGAUAACCUGUCUUACUGGGACGGGGGGGCGUGUUCAGAUGUUGCUUUUUUCCUCUUUUCCUUUGUUGUUGUUGUUUGGCGUUUUUUCCUUUGCUUUAAAAAAAAAAAACGUUUGCAGGAAACAUGAGACGUUCGCGC